AUGAGCUCCCUAAUUUACAGAGUUUUCAGAAAAGCUUUCCCAGUCACUGUUAUCGGCAGUUUCUGCUACUUCGCAAGCCAGCAUUUAUACACUGAAGUCCGAAAAGAUAUUAUCAAAGAUGCGAAAACUGGCGAAAUAAAAGAUGUUUUUGUAAAUGCCUGACUUAAAGAAGUAGUUUUGAACAGAGUUGUGCUAAAAGACCAAGAUAUUAGAAAAAAUACGCUAAUAAAGCUCGAAGAUAUUGUAAAAGACCAAAGUUUCCAGCAGAAAUCAUUAGGCACUUUUACGAAUGUCAUGAAUAGCCCAGAAUGCGGCCAAAGAGGCAAAGAUCUUUCUUUUCAUAUGAGCAAAACCAUCAUGAUGUAUGAUAAAAGGUUCCAUCAGAAAGGACAAGACGUAGGAAAAACGUCGGGGAAUAAGAGUAUUAUUCCUCAAUUUAAGGAACAGAUUGGAAUUGCGGAGAUUCCGAAGGAAAUUGAAGAAAGGGUGAAAUCGUUAUGCAUAUAA